AUGGCCGCCUACAGCCUCCCGCCCUCCGCCAUGCAGCAGCAGCAGCAGCAGCAGCACGACCCACCGUACCGGCACGCGCACGGCCUGCUGCUGCACGGCGACUACGGCGGAGUUGGCGGCGGCGGAGUUGGCGGUGUUGGCGGGCACGCGCUCAGCCACGCGCACCAGUGGCUCACGGCGGCGCUGGCGGCGCACGGGGACGCGUGGUCGAGCGGAGAGCGCGAGGUCAAACCCGCGGUGCAGAGCGCGCGGGAAGAGAGCGGCAACAGCAACGGCAGCACGGGCAACAGCAACAAUACAAGCAGCAACGCAGGCAGCAACCUGCAGCAGCAGCUGGUGCAUCACGCGCACCACAACAACGGCAACAGCAACCACGACGGGAGCGCGUGGAGGACGAGCGCCAACGGGCACGAUCUCGUGUACUCGCAAUCCGGGUUCGGCAUGCACCACCAGCACGAGCACCAGCAGCAGCAGCAGCACGAGCAGCACCAUCACCACCAGCACGAGGACCAUCAGCACGCGCACCACGCGCUCCAGCAGCACCAACAGCAUCAGCUCGAGUCCACGAGCGGCAGCGGCGGCGUCUCGGACGAGGACGUGCCCACGUCAGACGACUUGGAGCAGUUCGCGCGCCAGUUCAAGCAGCGCCGCAUCAAGCUGGGCUUCACGCAGGCGGACGUGGGGCUCGCACUGGGCACGCUCUACGGCAACGUGUUCUCGCAGACAACCAUCUGCCGCUUCGAGGCGCUGCAGCUCAGCUUUAAGAACAUGUGCAAGCUCAAGCCGCUGCUGGGCAAGUGGCUCGAGGAGGCGGACUGCGGCGCGAGCGGCCCCGCGGGGCUCGACAAGCUCGCGGCGCACGGACGCAAGCGCAAGAAGCGCACGAGCAUCGAGGUGAGCGUAAAAGGCGCGCUCGAGAGCCACUUCCUCAAAUGCCCCAAACCCGCAGCGGCGGAGAUCACGAGCCUGGCGGACAGCCUGCGGCUCGAGAAAGAGGUGGUGCGCGUGUGGUUCUGCAACCGCAGGCAGAAGGAGAAGCGCAUGACCCCGCCCGUGGGGGGGCAGUGAGUAAACAAACAAACAAACAAACGAGCAAAAUCAGAGAGAAUAAACUCUGACGGAUUAAACAAAAGCAGCAGCAGUGGUGGAGAGGGAUCAGAGCUCGCUCGCGCGCGCGCGCGCACUCGGCGCAGCGUUGGGAGAGCGCGCGGCGCGGCUCGGUGCGAAGGACAGAGCGCGUGGAGUAAAAAACAAAAAAAGGUGCGUUAACCGGAAACGGAGGAGCCCUGCUGCUGCACGCGCUGGGGUUACAGCAGCACGGGACUGCAUUACUGUUGUUAUUAUUAUUAUUAUUAUUAUUAUUACUAUUAUUAUUUUGUUCUGGUGUGAGUGUGUAAUCCUCAUUGAGUUCUCGCUGCAGUUUCAUGCUUUCUUAUUUUAAUCUCAUACAGCUUUUUAAACCCCCUAGAACGGAACAAAAUUUAUUUCUAUUCAUCAGUAUUAUUAAUGAGGAGAGAGCGCGAGCUUUAACAAAAA